CAAAAUGUUGGCUGCAGAGCCGAGGGAAGGAGGACGUGUCGAUGCUGGUGGCAUUUUACUUGACCGCGACCUUGCUGUGUCGCUGGCCGCCCAGUACCCCGAUAUGAGCAGUCUGGAUUUACAAUAUAAUGGCAUAGCCGCCUUAUUGGACCUGCGGCCUCUAGGCGCUCUAACGGAGCUGCGCUUGGACCACAACGACCUCACAACCCUGGAACGAGUGCAGGGGCUGAGCCAGGUCACUAAAUUAAGCGCUCGGGCCAAUGCCAUUUCUCGACUGGGGGAUGACGUGACAAGUCUCACAAGUCUGGAGGUCCUGGACCUAGCUGACAACAGACUCGAGGCGGGGCCGUGGGUCAGUGUCCUGGCGCGUUUGCCGGCGCUGCGAGAGCUGGACGUGCGGGGCAACCCCGUCUGUGCGCUCGCGGGCAGCCAGGAGCUGCUGAAGGCCGCGCUGCCGGGUCUGGCCGUACUCAACGGCCGGCGCGUGGCGCAGCAGGAGCCGACGCUAGCGCCAGCAGCAUUACAGCAGCAGCCACAACAGUUUGAGGGCCCGCAUACUGAUUCGCAGUCAGCUCAGGGUGACCGUGGGUACGAUGACAUGGGGCGGCUCCCAACAUUCAGUCCGCGGGCCUUACCAUCAACGGCGGCUGGGGCCUCGAGGGGACCGCAAGACGGUGCUGUACCAUGGCCCGGAAGCACCUCGUCGUGGCCAGACGACAGAGAGGUGCAGGGUAGGUAUCUGGGGGCCUACGCUGGCCAGCAUCCGGGUGCGGCAUCACAAGGGAUGCCCGGGCCCAUGGGCAACACGCCGUCCCCAGUGCAGCUCGCUGCGGAUUUUGAGGCGCUGCUUGCGGAGCACACGAGCCUGUCACAGCGCGCUACUUCGCUGGAGGCGUCCCUUCAAGCUGCAGAGGACGCGCAGACGGAGCUUCAGCAGCGGCUGCAUGACCAGGUAUCCAGCUUUGCGCAGCAGGCCACCUCCACGGCUGGCCAGAUCAGCGCGCUGGUGGCGGAGCGGGACGCCGCGGUCCGCCACGCGGAUGCAUUGGCGGCGCAACUGGUGGAUGCGCAGGCGGCCGCUGCGGCGGCGGCCCAUGAGGUAGCUCAGCUGCGGCAGGUCGCGUCCGAGUCGGAGGAUAGGGAGCGGGCCCUGCAGCAGGAGCUGGCGGCGACGCAGGAGCUGCUGCUGUCUCAGGCCCAGCAGGCCGCAGUGGUGGCGAGGUCGGCGAUGGAUGCGCACGCCGCUGCAGCUGGGGAGCAGCAGUCACAUCGCCAAGGGGUAGGGGUCGGGCGGUCGGCGUCGCCCGGCAGGCUGCAGGCGGGCGAGGCGGCGCUGCAGGCGCUACGGGUUUCGUCGCUCCAGCAGAUUGUGCAGAUGCAGGAGCGGGAGCUUGUACGGCUAGGUAUGGGCGGGGACAUGGCGCCACCGCCGCCCGGCAGCCCCCCAAGGGCGGGGCCGACAGCCUCACCCGCGCGGAGCCCCACGGUCCGGUGGGAGAACCUGUUGCGGCCAUGGCGAGAGCAGGUGCAGGCGCUACAUGAGCAGAACGCGCGGCAGGCCGCGGAGGUGGCGGAGCAGCGGCAGGAAUGGGCGCGGCAGCUCGGCGAGAUGCAGGAGCAGUUCAUGUCCACGCGCACGCUCAUCGAGGUGUUGGAGCAACGCUUGCGGGAGCAGCGCGCUGAGAAGCAGCAGCUGGCCUUGCAGGCCAGGCAGCGGCAGGCGGAGCUGGAGUCAGCACACCAGCGGGCGGCUUAUCUGGAGCAGCAGCUGUCAUCUCGGGAAGCGGCAGCGCAGGCGGUGCGCCGGCAGCUCCUUGCGUUUAAGGCAGCCACUGAGCAGCAGGUGGCCGGUCUGGAGGCACGCGCAGGGGAGCUGGACGCGCACGCGUCACGACUUAGCUUCGCAUGCCAGCGGCUGGUGUUUGUCCUGAGCCUCGCUGCUGCGCGGGUACGCAGCCCGGGCGGUAUGGCCGCUGGAGCCGGCGUCUCCGGUGUGGGCAUCGGCCGGGGCGCUGUAGUAGGCGCCAUGUCUCAGGUGGAAGCCGGCAGGGCUAACGGCGCCGGUGCCGGGAGUUCCGGGUGCAACCGGCCGCUGGUGGAGGUACUGCAGCAGGAGGUGGCCAAGAUGGGCCAUGACCGGGACGUGCUGCUCAAGCAGCUGGCACAGGUGAGCGCUUCGGCGGAAGAGCGCAUUCGCCAGGCGCAGGAGGUGAUGCAGGAGCGCGAGUCGCGGCACAGGGAUGCACUCAUCUCCACUCGCGUGCAGGCCCAGGUGGAGGCAAUGCAGGCGGCGCUGGCCUCGCAAAUCAACCAGAUCCGACAACAGGUAGCGUCCGCGGUUUACGCCGCGGAGGAGGUGGCUCGGAGCACGGAGGCGGCAGCAGGCGUUCGGCUCAGCAGGCUGGCGGUCCGGAUGCAAGAGCUCAACAAGCAGGUUGUGCGAUUACGGUCGGCGAAGCAGCGGGACGCAGCGGUGGCGGCGGCGGCGGCCUUGGAGCGGCAGCAGCUCUGCCGGCAGCUGGCUCAGGUAGAGGCGGACGCUGCGGAUCUGCGGCGCAAGCUGGCGGGACUGGACGCGGAGGCGCACGCCAAGGUUGCGGAGCUGAACGUGGUGCACGAGGCCGCGCUGGCUGCGGAGAGGCGGCGCACGUCGGAGGCGGAGCGGCUAGCCAACAAGGCGGCUGCCGAGUGCGGCCACAUGGAGCGAGAUCUGGCGCGUGCGCGUGAGGCCAAGGCGCAGCAGGACGACGCACGGACCCGGAGGCUGCAGGCUCAGCUGCGGGACCAGGAAUUGCAGCUGCGGUCCCUCCGCCGGGAGCGCAACUCGCUCUUGGCCAUGCUCAAGACGCACGGGAUCAACAGCGAUGCCGUUGCUGCCGCGGCUCAGGCCUCCGACACUAGCCAGGUUGCGGACACUCAGCCGCCACCGCCUCCUCCUGCUGAUGGUGGGGAUGAGGCUGUUGUCAUCCCCAGCCCCGAGCAGCAGCAUGACCGGCGCGACGUGGGCAAGGCGGGGCCGCAGCAGCCGUCUGGUAGCGGGACGGGAGGCCUCAUCAGCAGCAUACUGCGCGGCUCCCACCACACCCGGAAGGCUGUUGGGAUAGGGCGAGUGCAGGUUGACCCAGCGUAGGACCGGCUAGAGCGGCUGGUAGCCAUGACGAGUGAGCUGUUGGAUAGCUGAUAGCUAGCAGCAGGCUGGAGGUCUGGACUCUUGACGU